CCCCGAUGUUAUUCCUGCUCUGUACCGUGCUCAUUCUGCUACCGACACAGACGUACGCCUUUGGCGCCGGCGAAAUCCCGGACUUUGCGUACCUCAACGACAAGGCGUUUCGCCAUGGAGACAUCGAGAACGUGCUUGCUGAGCUCGCCAAGACCGCUGCCGGCGGUGCCGUCGCAGGUGCAAGCCUAUUCGGCUUCACGCAGUCCAUCUUCAAUGCGGCAACCGGAGGCUCCAAGUUCUCGAAAGAAGAUGUAAAGAAAGUGUACUUUGGUAACUGGCUGCGCGACUACUCGCAGGCGAUGGACAUCGCAGGGUUGAGCAAGCUCACUGCAGACACACUCGUGCUGAUCGUGUCGGUCCUCGGCUUCUUGACGUUUGGCUUCGCCACCGAAGAAUACCAAGUCACACCUGAUCGCCUCAGAGUGUACCUGCCAGUCGAGCAUAUCGACAACCCAAAAGGUUACGCUGAGAAAGAAGGCGAUGCCCGGCAAUUUCACCCCAAGCUCAGGCCGCCUGUCAACCCUCGAGAGCUUGAGAUUGACCCACGCAUCGGCAUGAAGAACUACAUGGCUACCGAGGGUCGUGGCUGGGACACUUCCACGGCCCAUAUUCGCCGCACCUUCGGAGCGUGCAUCGAGUACGGCCGCCGUGCGCAGGGUCGAGAAGGCGCAGACCUCUGGGAAGCGUUCCGUCUUCUUGGCACCGGUCUCCAUACGAUGGAGGACCUUCUCGCGCACAGCAAUUGGUGCGAGAUUGCCCUCCGAAAGAUGGGCCACGAGCGAGUUUUCUGCCAUGUAGGCGAGAAUGUCAUAAUUAGCACUCCCAAUGGACCUGCCCCUCCGCUCGUGACCGGUACCUUCGGCAGUGCAGACUUCUUGCACUCGUUGAUGGGCGAAGCGACAGACCACCUGAGCCAAGCGAGCGUCGUCGACCUCUCAAAGAACCUGUCAAACGCCUCGCAGAACGGCGGAGACUCGUCGCUGCUGCGCUCACUGCUCGAGAAGCUGCCCAUAGGCGGCUCGCAUGACGAGGACAAGGUCUCGCAGGCGGACGAGAUGCAGGAGCAGGCCAAGGCGUACCAGUUCAACCCGGACAACAUCAUGCCGCCCGCAGUCCAAGACCAGCUCCUGCAGCUGCUCAAGUGGCGUGACGACAUUUACAGGGAUAUCCUUAAGAAGAUCGAGAUGGUACCCGGGCUCGAGAGCCUUAUUGACGCGCUUACGAACGCGCUUAAUGCUUUCGUGUAUGCCAUUCUUGCGCCUUAUCUCACCCCCGUCCUCCAGCAGGUUACCGCGGUCCUAGGCGAAGGUAGCAAAGCCGUUAUCGACUCGGACGACCAAUACGAAGUGUUCAACAACCCGGAUGCUUCAGAUCCGUCGCACAGUUUGCUAUCAAAGGACCACUUCGCUCUCAUUUUGAACGAGCCCGCGGGCAAGACGGCCCUCGUCGUCGUCCGCUGCGCCGUCAAGCUUAUCGUCGACGCCUGGUACAACCAUGAGGAGACUCCCGAUAGGGUGAUCGACCGGAUCCUGGAGGCGUUCCACCACCCGUAUUUCAACGUCGGCCGUUCGCGCAUCCAGCAGGAGAUGUUCGAGGAGAUGGAACGUUGGAUCGGGGCCCUCGAGCCCGACGAGUCCGAGCGCAUCCUUGAGGCCCUGAGCAAGGAGAGCGUGAGGGCGGGCAAGAACAAGCGACAGGGCUCGGACGACGACGUCGCGUCGUCCGACCAGGUGUACGGCCAGGUUCACGGCCAGGCCGCCCAGGGCUCGUACCCUCAGGGAGGCUACGUGAGCGGAGGCUCGUCCGCUGCUCCAGCCACGCCUGGCACCUACGGCGGCAGCCAGGGUAGGUUGCAGCAGCACGUGCCAGCAUUCGAGGCCACCGGCGGAGGAUACGACGGUGCCAAUCGGUACGAACCGUCAUAUCCGGGGCGUGCCGAAGGGGGCGAGGCCAUCGGCGGACGCUCGUACAGAAGCCCACGGCGGACGGAGGAGGCGGCGUGGCGCGGCGGCGGAGAUGGCGAGCACUCCUGGAGCGAGCGCACGACCGGCUACAGCGAGGACAGCUACAGCGUCCGGCCUGCGUACCGCAACGAGGACGUCCGCGGAGGAGCGUCGCGUGGAUACGGCCAAUCGAACGAGCGCGACCCGUACGCGCGCCGUGCGGAGCCGCCCGUGCAGGGUGGCUACGCGCCAUCGUACCAGCCUGCAUAUAUGCAGCCGCCGGGAGGCUAUGGCUCGCGCGACGGGUACGGGGCGUCCGAGAGCGUUAGGGCCCCCGGUUUUGGAGGCGACGCGGCAGACUAUGCGCGCGAGGUGCGCGAGAUUGCGGGCUCUGGGAACUAUGCGAGCGAGAGCAACGCGUAUGAGAGGCGUGGCGCGUACCAAGAAGGCUCGGGCUAUACCCGACAGGAUGUAGGUUAUGGCACGCGGGACGAGGGUUAUCGCGGCGGACACGAGGCUGGUGAGGACCGCAGAAGAGGACAUGACGCAGACGAGGGCGAACGACGUCACCAUGGGCGCAUGUACCAAGAGGAGUCUGAGGGGUACCGCGGCGGCUACGACGGAAGCGAGAGCCACGGCGGUGGCGGCGGCUAUGGCGAAAACAUAAGCCGUGGAGGCUACAGUGAUGCCAGCUACGGCGGUGAAGGCUACAGUGGCGAAGGCCGCGGCGGAGGGGGUUAUGGUGGAGGCUAUAACCAAAGCCAGUCGCGCAGGCAAGGAGGUGCGGACUACGACGGAGAGGAGACGUUCGGUGCCGAACGACUCAACCUAAAUGAAGGCGACGGAGAGGAGCCACCCCGCCGCCACCACCACCAUCAGCAGCACCAUCACCGCCGUGACGACGAGGGAUACUAAAUCCAUACAUCAGCACAAAUCAGAUAUGCACAGUACAUACCAAGAGAACUGCGUAGCGAAUCUGAAGAUGAGUGCACAGUCCUGUAAUCUUGUUUCCCAUGUCGGAGGGAGCGUGCUUGAGCUUGAUGAGCAGCGUGAAAGGACGGUGGCGUCGCGCAG